AUGUCUCUCCCAUCAUCCAACAUCGUCUUCGAGCGAGUCGAGGCUCCGACAGAGACACUAGCACAAGACGCGGCGGACAUCAUGGUUCCCCUCGUGAAGGAUGGCCAGUACUGCCAGAAAAUCUUUUGCGCGCUCACCGGAGGCGACCUAACGCGCCUCCCCAGCCUCGUCAAGCUGUUGAUACGCCCCAUCACCCUCGUCGCCGGCGUCGGCCAUAUCUACAUCGCCCGCGAUGAGUCCGGCACGCUCGUGGGCUUCUUGCUAUUCACUCUUCCGGGGCAGCUCGUGAUCGAAGAGCAGCGUCAGAUGGGCAUGUACGAAUACGUCGCCGAGCUGCCGGAAGAUGCCAAGGAAUACUUCCUACAGGCCAACACGGUCGACCUGCCGAAGCUCAACGAUGAGAUUUUCGGGACCAAAGAGACCGAGCGCAGCACGUACUGGUGCAACUUUGCCAUGAUCCACGCGGAUUACCAGAGGAAGGGUCUCGCGACGCGCAUGUUCCAAAUGGCGUUCGAAGAGGCAGCCAACAGAGGAGCCAACGUUGGGCUCACUGCGACGAAGGCCUCAAACGUCGAAGUCUACGAGAAGAUAGGGUUCACCUUCCGCGGUGAUAGGACCCUCCAUUCUCCAUGGUGCGACUGGGGCAUUUGGGGUAUGUUCAAGGACCCGAAGGCCGAGGCAGUGGUUGAGGCUUGA